UUUAGUGCGUAAUCUCCGCUGUAGCGACUCUCUGGCCGCUCGCAGGCGCUGUUUUUCCGCCGAGCUGAGGAGAGAGACGGCGCCAUUUUAAGAGACGUGUUUUCUUCUUCAGCCUGGUUGGAAGUUUAUUUUCGAACAUGUCUGGCGGCGGAGUGAUCAGAGGUCCUGCGGGAAACAACGACUGUCGGAUUUAUGUGGGAAAUUUACCCCCCGAUAUUCGCACCAAGGACGUCGAGGACGUGUUUUACAAAUACGGGGCAAUUCGUGAUAUCGACCUGAAGAACCGGAGAGGAGGACCGCCCUUCGCUUUCGUUGAGUUUGAUGACCCCAGAGAUGCUGAGGAUGCUGUGUAUGGACGAGAUGGCUAUGACUAUGAUGGAUACCGCUUGCGAGUGGAGUUCCCCAGGAGUGGCAGGGGUGGUGGAAGAGGUGGAGUGGGAGGGGGAGUUGGUGCCCCCAGAGGCAGAUAUGGCCCUCCAUCCAGACGCUCUGAGUACAGGGUCAUUGUUUCAGGACUCCCUCCUAGCGGAAGCUGGCAGGACCUGAAGGAUCACAUGCGUGAAGCAGGUGAUGUAUGUUACGCUGAUGUUUUCCGAGAUGGCACCGGUGUGGUGGAGUUUGUGCGCAAAGAAGACAUGACCUACGCUGUUCGAAAGCUGGAUAACACUAAGUUCCGGUCACAUGAGGGUGAGACAGCUUACAUCCGUGUAAAGGUGGAUGGUCCUCGCAGCCCAAGUUACGGGCGCUCACGUUCUCGCAGCCGCAGCAGAAGUCGGAGCCGGAGCAACAGUCGCAGCCGCAGCUACUCUCCACGUCGCAGCAGAGGAUCUCCACGUUAUUCACCACGUCACAGCCGUUCUCGAUCCCGCACCUAAGCACCCACAUUACAGCCACAACCAUACAUCCUGUGUCGCCCUCUGCUGGACCCACUGUUGUACUUCAUCGCCCUCUUGACUUGUUUUGUCUCCCCAUGGCCCAGUUUGGUUUGCAGCAGAGUUUUCCUAAAAAUACUUCUUUUUUUGUUGUUUGUUUUUUUUCUCUCUCCUUAUUUUUAAUCAUUUAGCUAACAGCAGCAAAGUGGAUGUCCCCCCCUUCCUUUUUUUCUUAAUUCCCCCUCCUAGUGUUCUAUCCUGUCUAUUCUCCCAUCCUAUCUUUUCCCUUUUGUGUCUUCUGUUCUGCAUCCACAUUUUAACUGGAUUUUCAUACCCGUCAUUGGUUCAUUUGGUAGAUGUUAAAAUGCAUAAAAUGUCAUGUUUGAGGAAUUUGUCACUGUAUGCUUGUUAAAAAUGGGCUUUUUGGGGUUGGGGAAAGUUGGGGUUUUAUUUUGUUGGCUAGGAUUUUUUGUUGCAAAACUGUUCUAUUUUUACCUUUUCGUGUGUCUUUCUAUAGACAACAGAGGAGCAGGAUUAAAGAAAGCUUUGGAAUACAGGAUUGUCAAGCACAGUUCAUUCAUAUUAGGAUAAAGCGUUUUUGGAGGAGGAGGAGCAGGCAUUUCAAUUUUGGCAAUGGUAUGAAAACAAGCGGCUUAAGUCACUUUAAAAAUGACAGGAUUUGUUUUUCUUUUCCCCCCCUUAGACUUUUUUUUUUUAAGUGUUAUAACUUUCUUUAGUAAAGUAACACUUAUAUUUUUGCUUUACCAUUUACACACCCUUUACAAUUCCCCUUCCCUUUUUCUUUUUACCUUUUCUCAUGGUUGUUGCUGCCAAGCAUGCAUGUGUUCUUUGUCUGAAUGUUGUCAUGCUCGUGCAUUCAUCAGGACAGCAUUUUUUUUUUAUUAUUAUUAAAGUUACUGUGAUUUUUGCUUAUUCAAAAUACAAGGCUUUUUGCUCGUCAUCUGAACUGGACUGGGACUGUGCCACUGUAAUGUAACCAAACAGACACAUUCAAUAGAUACUGAAAGAAGGUUUGCCUCAUGUGUUUGUACCCAUGUAUAUUACUAAUACAGUAAGGACAUGUUUUCUUUUUUUGUCAGCGAGAUUAUACCAAUAUAAUAUUGUUAGUGUGGUGCUUAAAGAUUUGUGUUGGAGCAUAUCAUACUUUGAUACCUUUUUAUAUUGUUUAUGCUUUGAGUAAGAAACAAACAAUACCGCUCCUAUGAUUAUUUCUUAGAAGCAUUAAUAGCUGCACACAGAAGUGUUUUGAUUUAGCUAUGAUUCUAACUUGUUGCCUCCCUCUUUUUGAUUUUGCUGGUAUUCAAAGGUUUGGAUUGGAGAAGGGGCUCACUGUUUCCCGAUCCUUGGAGCCGGAUCAUUGGAUCAGUUCAGGAUCAGGAGCAGGAUUAGGAUUAGGAUAAGGAUGGAUACAUACAUGGAGCGGGAUCAAUUUACCGGGAGCGGGAACCGUAGGAGAGGAUCCCAAACCCAGCCCCACACUCCCUCGCCAAACCGCAUUUAACGGAGUUAACAAAAAGCGGAAAACUUGGCUUUUCAAUUGGCUUUUGUAGAACAAAUUUUUCUUUCUUUUUUUUUUUUUUUUGUGGAGCCAAACCAAAGAUGCACACUGAAGGGAUCCUGCAUUUUUUUGUUUUAUGAGAUGAGUUUUUGGUAAGAUGGAGCAAAGCCAGGAACCAGGAGGCCGGAUCAGUUGCUUUGGAUGGAAUCCACAUGAGGAUCUUGGUAAAUAGGGUGUUUUAGGGUUUUUGAGGGUGGGCUGGGAGACUAAUUUUGAGGGAUAUUUUGUAGUUAAUUUAGGGAUUCAACUAUACAAUGAGCUUCUGCAUUUUUAGGCAUUUUGCUGUGUUGAAUUUGGUGGGUUAUAUUCUGAAUUGGCUAUUUCUGAGUUCUAGUUUGUAGUGUUUUUUUCCCUCUGCCUUUAAAUAAAGUUUGGAAGUCCUGCAAA